GACAGCAAACACAACAUCUGUAUCGUUGCCCAAGGGUUUGAGUUGUAGGGGAAUGGCCUGGCCCUCGAGAGGAAAACAAGGGAAGAAGACAACGAGGAGCGAGGGAAGAGGCAUCGAUCGAUCCCACGACCAGAGUCAGCUGCCACAUAGAGGGAGGAGGAGGAGGAGGAGGAGACGAAGAGAUGGACGAGGUAUUGACCGCCGCGGACGUGGCGGCGUCGAAUGCGUUGGCGGGUGACGCCCUUCCGCCGUCCCUUUCCUCCAAUCUCCCACUCGUCUCCGCGCUCCUCGCCUUCUCCAUCGCCCAAUUCCUCAAACUCUUCACCACCUGGUACAAGGAGAAAAGAUGGGAUUCUAAGAGGUUGCUUGGCUCAGGUGGAAUGCCUUCAUCACAUUCAGCUACGGUGGCAGCUCUCGCCAUGGCUAUAGGCCUACAAGAGGGGCUUCACAGUUCUUCAUUUGCCCUUGCUGUAACUUUAGCAACCAUAGUUAUGUAUGAUGCAUCUGGAAUCCGACUGCAUGCUGGUCGGCAAGCUGAGUUGUUGAAUCAUAUAGUAUGUGAGCUACCACCAGAGCAUCCUGUGUCUAAUUCUAGGCCUUUACGAGAACUCCUUGGACACACACCACUUCAGGUCUGUGCAGGUGCAAUCCUGGGAUGCAUAGUUUCUAUCCUCAUGAAGAAUUCUGUGUGAGUUUACCCGGUGUCACGCAAGAGUAGGGUUCCUUUGAACAUCGGGGAGAACUGGUUUGUGUAUUAGCGAGCUUUGUCUCCAUCUUGUUGGAUAAAACUGUGACAAUACAGCAGAAAUUAUCCCUAAACAUACAUUAUGAUGGCAUCUAAGUUGAAUAUAAAAGUUAGCACUUCGCAGUUCUUGGUA